CAGCGCACGCCGCCUCGCACCUCGCCGCCCCCAGAAAUAGAACCGUGCCGGUUCGCGGAAAUCGCUGAUACGUCGCGUUACUCCUCCGUUUGAGAAAUGUGGGCGCCAUCGCCGUCGGUGCAUUCAGUUGACUCCCUGGCGCUCGCCGGCGAGGGGCAGCACAUCAUCAUCCUCGCCGCCACCAUCCGCAGAUAACCUCAAAAACGUCUCAACCGUCUUAAAAACUAGUUCAACCGUCACAUAUCCGCCUAAAAACACUCGCAUGACUGAUAACUUCUAAACUAUUGUUAAACUUGUUACAAAUUCAACCUAGAUGAUAAUUGUUUUGCCUCCGGAACAAUACUACAACAAUAAACUAUGUGUCUUAAUUAAUGAUUGAUAAAUGCGGUUUAAAGAACGGCACCGGAAGUUAAACGCACGGCGCGGCGUGUAAUAUGAAAGGCAUUUUGAAGAAGAGCAAUUCAGAGCAGCCACGCAGAGAGGAACAGCCGCCCCCGGUAAAUGGGGCAGCGCGCACCUUUGAAUCCAUUCCGGAAGAACGCGAAGAGCAGCAGCAGCAAUUGCAGAAAUGCAAGGUGAAAAUUUAUAAACUGUCGACGACAAUGCAACGCUGCCCGUACAUUUACGAAAUGAAGGAACGAUUACUCGGCGAGCAGCAACCGCAAGCCACCAUGCCGGAGGUGGUGCCGGCGAAGAAGGUGCCCACGCCGCCUCCGCUCAUCAUCGAUUAUCAGUAUCCACAGCAGCCGGUCGCGACUGUUGUCAAGCUGAAUGCAGAUGGGUAUGGCUCGCACACAUCACCAACACACAAACGCGGUGAUCGCACGCCUCUGAUGCACCACUCGCCGCAGGACGAAUUUCAACGAUGCUACGACUAUCAUCACAUGUUCCCUAAGAACGCCAAGACAUCACUCUUUAUCAUCAUGAGCUUCGUGUACAUGAAACUCCUCGUGGUGGUUUGCGUCGCGUAUGUCAUCUCGGAUGUUGUCACGCACAACAUCCCACUAUGGUACUACGAGGGCUUCUUCACCUAUCUCUACGGCGUGAGCAUAUUAUUCCUGCUCUACGUUUUCUGCUUCCUGCUGCAGGAGAGUUCCUGCUGCAGUGGCGAAAAGAAGGAGAAAGCCGAGACGAAAAAAGCACUCAAAGAAAAGGCUAAAGCUAAGGAGUUAGAAAAGAAAAAGGAAGAAAAACAGAAGAAAUUAGAGGAGAAGGAGAAGAAAAAAGAGGAGAAAGAAAAGGAGAAAGCUGAGAAGAAGAAGGAUAAAGACAAGGAUAAGAAAAAGGAUAAAAAGGGAGAUAAGCGAAGAGAGGUGUAUCCCCGCAAGAUGAGGGACUUAGUACAAGCGAGAGCUGGCGUUGUUCCUUACCUGCCCGUCAAGAGCACGUAUCGGCGCAACUCCGAGGGUGUGGUGGACGCCGGCCUGUCGGGCGCAACACCGCCGACGGUGCCGGUGCCCGUUGAGCAGCUCCAAGCACAAUCUGAACCGACUGUUCUCUCCCAGGAAAGCGGCGUGGUGGCGUCGGAUCAACGCGACCUCGAGGCGGGUGUGAAGAUCGUCAAGCGCAAGCGCAAGACCACGCAGAAUGAUCAGAGUCACGGCAGUUUCUUUCUACGAAUCGGCGCUAUUGCAUUCGGUUUGGGCACCAUGAUCUACAAUGGUUUGGAGUUUGGGACCUUCUUCGAGGUGCCCAUCAGCUCGCCGUGCUACAUGAUCCUCCGCGGGAUCAACCCAGUCCUUCAAAUGAUCUUCACCUUCAUGCAGAUGUACUUUAUCUUCAUGAAUUCAAGGUUAAACAUCCAUCGCUUCAAAGUAAUCGCCCGAUUUGGUCUGAUGCACGUGGUGGCGACCAAUAUCUGCGUCUGGGUCCGCACUGUGGUCCUAGAAUACCUCAAGGAAGUCACCUUGUACCACAAACUCUCAAACAACUCAAUCGCUGGUUACCCAGGUGCCAUUCGGGACCAUACCGUGCGCAAUGCUCAAACCAUUCUGGGGUCUCACAUGGCAGUGCCUGAUACCUUCCAUACUACGACGACGACCACCGUCAGUCCGGGUAAUUUGCUUCAUCGCUUAUUCACGACCGCCACUACCACCGUGGCGCCAUUCAUACCGGCACGCACCACGCUCAAACGGGUCUAUGGGGCUGCCACAACGCCGGCGAAUUACUACCGGUCCUAUCGCGCUUCCCCACAACCUGAAUAUCCCGACUGGAACCAAAAGCACAACUCGCUGAACUCGUUGAAUCCAUUCAAUCACACCCAAGUGCGAUCUUUGCUCACCACCCUACGCACAACCAUGAGUACUAGUACUACAACUAGUACUACAACUACUACUACCACUACCACUACCACCACUACAACUCCUGCACCUACGAUUCCUACCUUCCCGAGUACCAUGCCUACGACGACCACCGCGGAACCGAGCACCACCACUUUGUGGACCACCAUCAGCUCCACACUAGCCAGCACGCCGUUGAACAACCUGUUUAACUUUAACAGGGGCUUCGAAUCCUUCGAAUCUAACAUUGCUAACGUGGCUGAGGAAGCUUCCAACGCGGUUGUAGAAGACAUCAUCGCUAGUAAUGAAGGAACCCUCUACACUGGGAUCAACGGAUCUGAACUCCUUGACAAUCUCACUCCCCAAGCAUGGUGGGCGUCGUCAUACAACGCCUCCGCUGAUGUAAACAACUCCCUUCUACAAGCUAGCUGUGGACGUAUCAACAUCAUGGGUAACAUUGUACAGGAUUCAGCUCCCUACCUCUUCCCAUUCAUCAUUGAGUACUCUUUAAUUGGAGCAGUGGUCAUCUACGUUAUGUGGAAACACAUUGGUCGCAACCCAAGAUACUACAAUGAGGAAGACCUAGAACACCGAUUGGAGGUUAUGUUGUCCCGGAGAGCCGUGGCUAUGGCCCAUGCACAAAAUGGACGUGUUGAUUGCGUUGGUGCAUCCAAGGGAUUAUUCUUCGGGUUGCUCCUGUUAGUUGGCUCGUUGAUCUGCCUGAUUCUGUUCUUUGUUUUGAUAUCUCAGAAAACAUUCGAACAGAUAGCGUUGUAUCUUGGUGAAGUCUCGCAUUGCGUGUUGAUGACCCUGAGUAUCCUCGCCAUUAUUAUUGGAUUCUGUCGUGUGAGGUCUUUGAAGUUUAAAAUUGAAGAGGCAAGCGACCUUAAUGAUAUCCUAUUGAGAAUCUCUGCUUUCGGAUUGUUCUUGUACGCUACAUUCAGUGUGAUUGCUGGAUCAUUGAAUGCCCUCACUGAAGUAUCCAAUUUGCUAGUCAUGGUAACCGGAAUUCUAUCAAUCGUUCAGGUUGUUCUUCAAUUGUUAUUCAUCGGGGACGUAUCACGACGUCGUGUCCACCUGCCGGAACAUGACCGCUCGAAACCCGGACGUCAGGUGGUCACCUUCCUGCUCAUCUGCAACAUCACCAUGUGGAUCAUCUACACCUUCGAGACACAGAAGGUCGAGCGUAACCCGAUCCAGCUGGAAUUCUACGGUUUCCUCACGUGGGCGCUCAUCCAACGCCUCACACUACCACUCUGCAUCUUCCAUCGCUUCCAUUCAGCUGUCACACUUGCUGAAAUUUGGAAAACCUCCUACAAGGCACGCCUGGAGUAAACAUAAAGCGUCAACUUAAUGUUUUAACAUUCCCCGAAGUAAAUCACAGUCGUGGGUACAACACACGCGUCAAAAUAGGGGAAACAAUCACAAGAUGGCGGUACAUAACCUCAUCUGAGAUAGAGCAAGAGAUUGAGGUUAAUCUUAACGUAACAAAACCAAAAAUGCGUUCAUUUUAUAUGUGUAUACACAUAGAUAGUUUUUAUUACUCUUAAAUGUAUUGUGAACGUUUUCUUUGAUACAUAAUCGCUCCAAAAGUCUCAUCCUAUUGGACGACAGACUUUAUUUUUGUGCGUCCCUCCAAGGACAGCGUUGUUCGUUUUUUAUUGCAAAUAUUUAUCGCAAGCAUAUUCUUUGAUGUGAAUGCUGUUUUAUUUUCGAUUUGUAUUUAUAUAGAGUGUUUAUUUUUAUUUAUUUAUGACGACAAAAUGGCGACACUGUAAAUAAGUUCACAUUCAGAUCACGGACAAACGCACAGUUUGAUUCUUUGCAGGUAAACAUGAAUGUUGAGUAAGAAAAAACUAAAAAAGUAAAUCAUACACGUAAGCUAAUUAAGAUGAAUCCAUAAUGAGUGUUCAAUAAUGAUGAUAAUUUCUAACAAUACUCAAACCUUAUUAUAACUAGCAUUACGUAUUCGAUAAUAACAAAGGAAUGGCAACAGAGAGCUGGCUUUAGGGAUAGAUUCCUGAAUAUUACACACGAAUUCGACAACAAAAUGAAACCUAUGCGACCAUCAACUCAAGAAUUUUCAAUUUUACUAACAUUUUACACGAGAUACAAGACGAUUGAAGGAGAAUUUCUACUUUUAUAAAAAUGUUUUACAACAUUUUUACGAACACGACUUUUUCGACGAGCAAAAAUACAAUUGUACACAAACACGUAUUGUAAUUAUUUCAUUGUUAAAUAUACACACGAAACGCCCCGAAAAACAACACAAUCAUCAUCGGGCUGCACGAAACGUAUCUCAACGUAAUCAAUUCUUAUCAAAAACCAAGUAGAAAUCGUCUUAAACAUUCUGGCAAUGCUAGAAUUAACAUUAAUUAACAUAAACGACGAGUAAUGAUUGUAAAUUUUGUGUGGACCAUAUAUUUAUUACCAAUUUUACCAAUAAUAAUCUAAUGAUAAUGAUAAUUCAUGCGAGGAGAUGCAAGAUGAAAGGACUAGAAUCAAAAUUUAUGUGAUUUUAAUGCUCACUUCGAUUUUCUCAGCACAAACACCAAGAAAUUUGAGUAACCUGAUUGUUCAACGCGAAUAAACCUGUGUUUCGUCAAUUUGUACAUAAGUUUAGGCGACGAUAGUCCUCACCACAACGACGACGACGAUUCGAAUCAUCUAUUUAUUGCAAACAUUUUCGUCCAUCUUGAAAUUUAUCAGUGUUGAAAUUGAAUUGAUUUAUCUACCUUCACACACGUGGAAUGUGUUGUAGUGGUACGGAUGGAAUAUAAGCGCAUAUAAAGAAAAGUAUUUACCAUUUAAUUAAUGACUACGUAUAUAUAAAUAUUCUAUCUAUCUAAUACUAAUUAAAUUAAACGAUUAACGAUAAACUGAAUGUGGUAGAACCUUAAAUAAACACAUAUUACACAACUUUUCUGCAUCGGAUGUCAAAUGAAACGCAAGGAAACGAAUCACGGGCAAGACACGAAUCGAAACAAACGGAAAUUAUUGCUAUAUCUAUAUUAUAUGAUAAAUAAUACUGAUGUGUUGGAAAGCGGAAAGAGAAAUGAUUUACGUAUAUAUGCUCAAAAUGAUUUACAAAUAUAUCAUGAUAUCUGAUGUCCAUUGAUAUUCAUUCGAGAUUUACUAUAAGAUAGAGAUUUAACUUGUGUUGUAGCUGAAGAGUUUGUUCUAAUGACAAAGAUACACUGCCAGAUAAGUGGCGUUUAUUUAAAUGAAACAAUUUAUGAAAGUUGUUCUGUUCGAUCAUCAGCAGGCAAUGUACUUGUAUACCUUUUGAUAUUUUCCUAUCGUUUUAUUAUUGCGUGUAAUGUUUUACUGUAUUAUACGUGUAAAGAAAUAAAAUAGUCAAGUAUAA